UCCCGAUCCCGAUCCCGAUCCCGGUGCCGGUGUUGGUGCCGCUGCCGGUGCCGGUGCCGGGGCGCGGGGGCGGCCGGAGCGGGGCAGCGGCGGAGCCCGGGGCAUGGCGGGCCUGGGCGCCCCGGAGCCGGGCAGCGGCCCCGGCCCCGGCCCCGGCCCCGUCCCGGCCACCCGGGUGGAGCUGACGGUGUCCUGCAGGCAGCUCCUGGACAAGGACACCUUCUCCAAGUCGGACCCGCUCUGCGUGCUCUACACCCAGCGCCCCGGCAGCCGGCAGUGGCGGGAGUUUGGCCGGACCGAGGUCAUCGACAACUCCCUGAACCCUGACUUUCUGCGCAAGUUCGUCCUCGACUACUUCUUCGAGGAGAAGCAGAACCUCCGCUUCGACCUGUACGAUGUGGACUCCAAAAGCCCCGACCUCUCCAAGCACGAUUUCCUUGGCCAGGCCUUCUGCACCCUGGGUGAGAUCGUGGGCUCGGCCGGCAGCCGCCUGGAGAAGCCCCUGACGAUGGGGACAGUCACCACGCACGCGCGGGGCAGGAGACCCGCUCCAGCUGUCUCCAAUGGUGGAAUCCCCAGCAAGAAGUGUGGCACCAUCAUCCUCAUCGCCGAAGAGCUGGGCAACUGCCGGGACGUGGCCACGCUGCAGUUCUGUGCCAACAAGCUGGACAAGAAGGAUUUCUUCGGCAAAUCCGACCCCUUCAUGGUCUUCUACCGCAGCAACGAGGACGGGACCUUCACCAUCUGCCACAAGACGGAGGUGGUGAGGAACACGCUGAACCCGGUCUGGCAGGCGUUCGCCAUCCCGGUGCGCGCCCUCUGCAACGGCGACUACGACCGAGCCAUCAAGGUGGAGGUGUACGACUGGGACCGCGAUGGCAGCCACGACUUCAUCGGGGAGUUCACCACCAGCUACCGGGAGCUGGCGCGGGGACAGAGCCAGUUCAACGUCUACGAGGUGGUGAACCCCAGGAAGAAGAUGAAGAAGAAGAAGUACCUGAACUCGGGGACGGUGACACUUCUGUCCUUCGCGGUGGAGUCCGACCACACCUUCCUGGACUACAUCAGGGGCGGGACCCAAAUCAACUUCACGGUGGCCAUCGACUUCACCGCAUCCAACGGGAACCCCUCGCAGUCCACCUCGCUGCACUACCUGAGCCCCUACCAGCUCAACGCCUACGCCAUGGCCCUCAAGGCGGUGGGUGAGAUCAUCCAGGACUACGACAGCGACAAGAUGUUCCCCGCCCUCGGCUUUGGCGCCAAGAUCCCACCGGAUGGACAUGUGUCCCACGAAUUCCCGCUGAAUGGUGACGCGGCCAACCCGGCGUGCAGCGGCAUCGAGGGCGUCCUGGAGGCGUAUCACCGCAGCCUGCGCAGUGUCCAGCUCUACGGACCCACCAACUUUGCCCCCGUGGUCAACCAUGUCGCCCGCUCGGCAGCGGCGGUGCUGGAUGGGUCCCAGUACUUCGUGCUGCUUAUCAUCACCGACGGCGUCAUCUCAGACAUGGCGCAGACCAAGGAGGCCAUCGUCAACGCUGCCAAGCUCCCCAUGUCCAUCAUCAUCGUGGGGGUCGGCCAGGCCGAGUUCGACGCCAUGGUGGAGCUGGACGGUGACGACAUUCGUAUCUCCUCCCGCGGCAAGGUGGCCGAGCGUGACAUUGUGCAGUUCGUCCCCUUCCGUGACUACGUGGAUGGGGGGGGCAGCCCGGUGCUGAGCAUGGCCCGCCUGGCCAAGGACGUCCUGGCCGAGAUCCCCGACCAGUUCAUCUCCUACAUGAAGGCGCGGGGCAUCAAACCCCAGCCUGCACCCCCCAGCCCUGACCCCCCCGGCUCCCCAGUGCCCCCCCAGCCCUGACUGCACCCAGCUGGCACCCCGCAUCCCCCCACCCCCACCCCAGCCCCGGGGCUUGGAUGUUUUUCCAAGCCCCCUCUUUCCUUUUCCAAGGGAUAAAAGGCAGCAGGACCUCGGCCC